CUCCCCCCCCCCCACAACGUCAAACCUCUUGCUUUUGUCCUUCCUUUUCUUCUUUCUUUUCUCUACUGCUCAGCCCCCAUUCCCGCGUCGUUCAUUUCCGCCAACCCCUCUUCUAUUGUCACGACUCCUCCGACCUCCGCCCGUUGUCUGGCACGCCGUCUUUGGCUCUUGAUAGUUUUGCGCGCGCCGUCCGUGUCGUCAUGUCCACUCAUGACAACGCGGACCCUCAGUCAGAAACCGUCGCCGAUGCAGUCACUGCAAUGAAAUUGGAGCCAUCCGGUAAUCCCACCGAUGCUCCAAUCCCCAACGGCGGAGGGGCCAACGAGCCCGACUCGCACGCCGCGUACCCUGUGCCCUCGACCAAAGAUGAGCGAGCCACGCCGUCUCUGAUCAAAUCGCGAUCCGCAUCACGAACUCCGAUCAAGAUGGAACCGUCUGAGAUUGAUGAAGGGAAUCUCAAGGGGGAAGAUAAUGACAAGUCUAGCACAGAAAAGGUUGGAGGAGGCAUUUCUGUCAAACUAGAGCCAGGGCAGCCUCCCAAGUUGGCCCGUAGCUCCUCGCAGAAGGUCGUUCCGCGACCGCCACAGCUCUUUUCACAUUUGCCGGAUAGUACGCGGGACGCCCAAAAGACCUUUGAGGUCAUCCAGUCUUGUCAGUAUGCAAAUAAAUACAUGGGAUACACGGAACACGCUAUGGAAUGUGAUUGUACAGAAGAAUGGGAUUCAUCCAGUUCAAUAAAUCGGGCUUGCGGGGAGGAUUCGGAUUGUAUAAACCGCGCAACAAAGAUCGAAUGCAUGAGCGAUUGUGGAUGUGGCCCUGACUGCCAGAAUCAACGGUUUCAGCGCAGGGAAUAUGCCCGCGUGGCAGUCAUCAAGACCGAGAAAAAAGGCUAUGGGCUCCGCGCGGAAGAAGAUCUACGACCGCAUCAGUUCAUCUAUGAGUAUGUGGGUGAAGUUAUUAAUGAGGGACCAUUUCACCGCCGCAUGAGACAAUACGAUGAAGAAGGGAUCAAGCAUUUCUACUUCAUGUCUCUCAGCAAGGGCGAAUUUGUGGAUGCCACCAAGAAAGGCAACCUCGGCCGUUUCUGUAACCAUUCUUGCAAUCCCAACUGCUAUGUGGACAAGUGGGUGGUUGGAGAGAAACUCCGCAUGGGUAUAUUCGCCGAACGACACAUUCAGGCCGGAGAGGAGCUAGUGUUCAAUUACAACGUGGAUCGAUACGGCGCAGACCCUCAGCCUUGUUACUGCGCCGAGCCCAACUGCACAGGUUUCAUUGGUGGGAGAACACAGACGGAACGUGCUACUAAAUUGUCAAAUGCGACCAUUGAAGCUCUGGGUAUUGACGAUGCGGAAGGAUGGGAUACUGCGGUAGCGAAGCGGCCUCGGAAGAAGAAGAUGGGUGAGGAUGAUGAAGAGUAUGUGGACAGCGUACAACCAAAGUCUCUGGACGAGAAUGGUGUUACGAAGGUUAUGGCAGCUCUGAUGCAGUGCAAGGAGAAAUGGAUUGCUGUCAAACUUCUCGGGCGCAUCCAGCGUUGCGAGGAUGAGCGGGUGCGCAAUCGUGUGGUGAAGAUGCACGGCUACCAAAUUCUCAAUUCGCAGUUGGCCAUGUGGAAGGAUGAUUUCAACGUUGUGUUGCAGAUUCUGGACAUCUUGGACAAAUUUCCCCGUCUGACGCGGAACAAGAUCAUCGACUCCAAAAUCGAGUCGACAAUCCGACCACUAGCCAAUUGCGGGAAUGAAGGAGUUGAACAAAAAGCGGCCAGCCUCCUGCAAGUCUGGUCGACUCUGGAAGUCGGGUAUCGUAUUCCGCGCAUGAAACGGGAUCCGAAUGCCUCCACGCCGGCUGUAAGCCAGUUCCAGCGACGGGAGAAUGUGACCGACGAGCGACGGCAGCGGUCAAAAUCGCGAUCGCGGUCGCGAUCCAUCGAGGCACCCCGUGGGCCAGCCGCGCAGAAACGAGGUGGCGGGCCUGGCCCAAGAAACCCGCCUCAACACCACGGCACUCGGCCAUUCCGUCAGCGGUUUCAACCCCUGCCGCAAGGAUGGUUUGCCGCGGAAUCCAACGGCCGCAAAUACUACUACUCGGCUCAAGGAGAUACCACCUGGACUCGGCCAACGAAGCCGGCUCCUCAGCCGCCACCUCCGCCGAAAGAGUCAAGAGACAAGGCCUUGCAGGAUAUCAUCGAUGGUAUCAUGAAUGCGAAGGAGCAGACGCCCAAGGAGAAGACAGGCACGCCUCUGACUCCUCAACCGUCCAAGCCGGCGGCUGAAGGGAGAGACCAACAGGAAAAGUGGAAAAGCUACAGCGAGGAGAAGCAAAAGAAGCUCUAUGAAAACACGCUGUAUCCGCAUGUGAAGUAUGUCGUCGACAAGUUCAAACACAAGCUUCCCAAGGAUGACCUCAAGCGAUAUGCCAAAGAUGUCGCCAAAAAGUUGGUCAACUCAGACUUUAAGAACAACCGCGUUGCAGAUCCCACGAAAAUCGACGAAAAACAGCAAAAGAAGGUGAAAAAUUUCUGCAAAGAGUUCUUCGACAAAGCUGUCGCCAAGCACCAAGCUCAUGAACAGCGCAAAGCGGAGAAGCUUGCAAAGGGAGGCGGCGAUGAGACCCCGGACGUGAAGAUGUCAGACGACGAAGGCAGCACCGAAAAGGGCGGAACUGGCGGUCUCAAAAGAAAGCGGGACGAGCUCAGCGUUGGGGAUGGAAACACGCCCGAUGAUUCCACGCCGAAUUCAUUGACGAAACGCCAACGAUCUUUUAGUCCUCUGCCGCCACCUCCGCCGGCCAUCAGCCCCGACGAUGACGCGAGCCUAAGAAGUGACCCUGAAGGCGAUGGUGAGGGCGAAGCCGACGAGGUCGUCCUCGUCGGGAAUCCAACACCACCUCCGCCGCCGCCGCCGCCUCCUCCGCAAGAUGACACCGAACUCCCAGACGCAGACGUAGACGCAGACACGAAUGGGAACGAGCACGAAGAUUUUGAGGGCUAUACAGACAUGAACCAACCGCACCGAACUCAAAUUGGUAUUGAGGGAAACGUGUGA